AUGGUGCAAGCUUUAAGACAAAUUGCUAACACGCCUAAAUUGGAGUAUCUUCGUUUCGAUGAACAAGAUAAUUCAGAUGAAUCAAGAAAGCUACAAUUAUUGAUACAGCAUUGCUCAGGAAAGGCAAGAGAAGCAAUCGAAAGUUACGUGAGCUUAUCAAACGGAGAUGGUUAUAGAGUUGCGAAAGACACAUUAUAUGAGAAUUUUGGAAAGCCACAUGUAAUAGUGGAAACACACAUAAAGAGAUUGAUGAAUUUGCCGAGUUUGAAAAUUGGGGAUGGUCCUUCACUUUUACAGUUUGCGAGACAUUUGGAAACAGCACAAAAAACUUUGACUGGUAUGGGAUCCGUCUAUGUGGCUGAUUUAGAUCAUAUGCACAUAUUAAGAGAACUUGUCAAGAAACUUCCAAUGUACCUCAGCGCCAAAUGGACAGAACUUGCAGGAAACCUUUUCGAAUCAGAACAAAGACCACGUUUUGAGCAUUUCCUGAAAUUUGUCAAGGAGAAGGCAAAGCUUGUGAAUAAUGAAUUUGGAAAGGAUAUGAGUAUUACUACUUACUCAAAGCCGAAGUUGAGUAGUAAAGAUUUGGCAGGAAAUAUUGGGAAAUCGGACUUGAAAUAUACCUCAUUUGCAGCAAGUGGAAUGGAGGACUCAGUUCGUCAGAUUUCACCCAAUCGGAAAUCAACUUGUGAAGUGUGCUCCGGACAGCAUCGAAUAUGGAAUUGUGAUCGCUUUAAGAAGGCUGAAUAUAAACUGAAGCGUAAAAUCGUGUUACAAAAUGGAUUUUGUAACAAGUGCUUAGGGAAAGGUCACAUUGCAAAAACGUGCCCCAAAACACGUUUCAAAUGUCAGGAAGUUGGAUGUGAUGAACCACACCACACUCUAAUGCAUCGUCCCAAUAAUGGAAAAGAUCCUCCUUUGCAAAAGCAAGUAAAAACAAUGAAGUCAUCGCAAACCCAAACUGGGGCUGGCGAUCGGCAGGAAACUCCUGAUUGA